GGUCCGCAGCUACAAAAAGGCUGGGGACCACUCCUCAAGGUGACCCAUAUAGUAAAAAUAGGUUAAGCUGUUGUUUCAUUGCUCAUGUCGACCUUUGUACCUGGGAGGAGUUUUGACAGUGGCGAAAUGGCAAAGGGCUACUUUGUUCAUAUUUGAAUAACUCCUCUAUUUGUCAAACGUUGGGCCCUCAUGUCACGAGUGAGAGAGCUGGGAAUUUAAAGACUUGCCAGUUCACCAUUUGACAAACAUGGACCUCUCAGCUGACAGUCACUGUGUCCCUCUCAGGGACGGGAACACCAUGCCUUUGAUUGGACUGGGUACAUAUGGAGAUCCCCGCACGACCCCUAAAGAGACUGCAUAUAAGUCUGUGAAACUGGCUAUAGAAACAGGAUACAGACACAUUGACGGAGCUUUGGUUUACUUUAAUGAACAUGAGGUGGGACAAGCUAUAAGGGACAAAAUAGCUGAUGGAACUGUGAAAAGACAAGAUAUAUUCUACUGUGGAAAGCUGUGGAACACGUUCCAUCCGCCACAACUGGUCCGGCCCGCUUUGGAGAGGACCUUGAAAACUUUGCAGCUGGAUUUUGUUGAUUUAUACAUUGUUGAGAUGCCCACAGCGUUUAAGCCAGGAGACGCUUUCUACCCAAGAGACGAGGAUGGGAAGUACAUUUAUCAUGAGACGGAUCUGUGUGCAACUUGGGAGGCUUUGGAAGCAUGCAAAGAUGCAGGAUUAGCAAAAUCUCUCGGAGUGUCCAACUUCAACAAGCGACAGUUGGAGUUGAUCCUCAACAAGCCUGGUCUAAAACACAAACCGGUUUCAAAUCAGAUUGAAUGCCAUCCUUAUUUCACUCAGCCAAAGUUACUGGAGUACUGCAGGAAUAACGACAUAGUCCUGGUGGGAUACAGCCCAUUGGGAACAUCGAGGGAUGCGUCCUGGGUUAACCUAACCUGCCCGCCACUCUUGGAGGAUGAGCUGCUUGUGUCGCUGGCUAAAAAGUACAAGAAGACCCCAGCUCAGGUUGCGCUUAGGUUCAAUGUGCAGAGAGGAAUCGUGGUCAUCCCGAAGAGCUUCAGCCCUUGUCGUAUCAAGGAAAACUUCCAGAUCUUUGACUUCUGCCUGUCUGAGGAGGACAUGAAGGCCAUCGAGGGGCUGAACAAGAACAUUCGCUUCGUGGAGCUCCUAAUGUGGUCCGAUCACCCUGAGUAUCCAUUUCAUGAUGACUACUAAACCACAAUUUAAACAAAUACGUCUGGUCCACGAGUCAAAACAUAUUUUAAAAGUGAAUAACUGAAAACUGAAACUCUUUUAUUCUAGAGAUUCACAAAGCGACAGUUAUUAAUUUUAAUGCUUGCAGCAUUUUUAGGAACUCAUCGAAUUUGGACAAUUAUCAAAAAUGUAACCAUUUUGUGCCUUUUUAAGGAAAUAAACUGCAAAAAAUGA